AUGAGCUACCCGUCUCGUUUGCGCAGAGAAGCCGGAACCCCAGGCGGAAUGCAGCCCGGAACGACGACCAGAUGUGAUGAAGCGUUGCACGCACGAAGGCCUCACACACACACACACACACACACACACACACACACACACACACACACACACACACACACACACACACACACACACACACACACACACACACACACACACACACACACACACACACACACACACACACACACACACACACACACACACACACACACACCACACACACACACACACACACACACACACACACACACACACACACACACACACACACACACACCACACACACACACACACACACACACACACACACACACACACACACACACACACACACACACACACACACACACACACACACACACACACACACACACACACACACACACACACACACACACACACACACACACACACACACACACACACACACACACACACAACACACACACACACACACACACACACACACACACACACACACACACACACACACACACACACACACACACACACACACACACACACACACACACACACACACACACACACACACACACACACACACACACACACCACACACACACACACACACACACACACACGCAGAGCUCUGCUGCAUGGUUUGAUGACUGUGUGCAGCAGCAGCGUUCAGCUGCGUCUCUGCUGCCGCAGUUUUAUCGUCAUGGCGUCCCUGCUGUUCAUCAAACUGCGUAA